AAAUUGCAAAUUAUGAAUGUGUUAUAAUAUAUUUAAUACGCAUAAUUGUCGACGUUUUAUUUUACAUUACAUUGUACAAUAUAUGAGUUAGUGGCAUUCAUAAAUUAUAAGCAAAUAACAGUUUAGCGACAACUAUAUUUUUUGUAGGUACACUGGUUAACGGAAAUGACGUGUUUUAUGGAAGAAUGCAUGUAAAACGUUGGCAUGACGGCGGUCAGUUUUGAAUUUCAUUGUUUGUUCAAUAGUUUAAUAUUUAACAGUGAUUUUUUUCUCUGUGAUUAAAUCGAAUUCUUGUGAUUGUGUAGACAUUAAUUAGUAGUUUUUAUAUUCGAGAAUUUAACCUGCAGAGAGUACGUUAUUGUAAUUUUACGUCAUUUGCAGAAGUUUUUAUCAUAAUGCAUAAUAAUUAUACAUCUUGUAGUUUAUUCACUGACAAUUAUUCUGAAUCUAAUAUUAUGGCAAAGAUUAGAAGAUUAAAAAUACAAGAGGAUCUUAUUACUCAAAAUAUUAAUAAAUAUAAUACGAAAAUAAGGAACACAGAGUACGCUAAUAUGCGUCACAAAACAAAUUGUGAAUACAAAGAUUUUAUUUCAAGAUUGCAAAAUUCAUACACUGAAAUAAAAAAUUUGUUUGAGUCUGUAAAGACUAUUGCUCAUUCAAGAGAAACCUUACAAUCUGUCGGUAUCGACGACGUGAAGAACGAUGUUUUUGGCUUAGAAACAAAAAUAAAAGAGUUCAAGUUAUAUCUCCAUUCUAAAUUAAAUUCUUUAAAAUCAAAUGAACAACACUUAAUCAAAGAUAUACAUACGAUAGCACAUCAAUCAGCAAAGACGAAAACAUUAAAAAAAUUAAAUAAUAAAUCAUACAAUGAUAUCAUUCCAAGUCCAGUAAAAACAAUUAUAAAUUCUCCAUUUAAAUGCAUUGAAGUUCAAGAAUUCCAAAAUUUUAUUGCCGCUUAUCGUCGAUAUGGAGGAUGGAAUGAGUACAAUCACAAUAUAUUUGUACGAUUAUGGAAAAAGUAUUUUGAUACAGAGAAAUACCUAGAUUCAACAUAUCAGUAUUCAAGUUCUGAAAACUUCCCAAACAUUGUGGGCGAUCUUGUUGAAAAAAUUCCAGGUACAACUAAAGAUGAAAUUAUUGCGCAUAUAGAAUGGUAUAUAAAAUAUCUGUACUUGAAAGAUCGUCAGCAAAAAGCUUUAGAUAAAUGGAAAACAAAUAAAAAGAAAAUAAACAAAUGUCAUCGUAUUUUGCAGAAUCAAAAAACUAUCGGACAAGAGGAGCUUGCGAAGGCAUCAACUAAAAGGAUUUGUGGGAACAGGCUAGAGAAAUAUCAAAACGUAAAAAGGACCAAUUCAGAAGAUGAAAAACCAACGGAGAAUACGAUAUCUUCGGAUAUAUUUGAGGACGAAUGCGAAAUGUCUUUGUUGAACUUAUUUGAUGAAAAGCAAAUAUUUAGUGAUUUGUUGACUGACGUAGAUAAUAAUAAAACAUCUAAAGAUUGCACAAAUAUAAGAAAAAAUGAUAAAUUACUACAUCGCCUAUCGAAACCCACGAAACAAUGGAGGGAAAGGUGUAAUACAAAAUUGGACACCAGUACAGCAUAUCAUCAAAUAAACAGUAUUGAUAACACAGGAAAACUUGGUGUUCCAAAAUGGAGGUUAAGUUUUCGAGAGGAAUAGAUGCUACAGUUUCUAUUAACUAUCUAGUAUUAUGUGACUAAUUUUAAAAAUAUAUAACAGUGUAAAAGGUCUACUCACGUAUCCUAAUUUGGCCCUUAGGUUUUUAUCACGAAAAAGUUAUAUUUUUCCAGUAGUAUUCUAAAAUGGAGAUUAAGUUUUCAAAAAGAAUAGACGCUUCAGUUUACUAUUAAAUAUCUAGUAAUAGGUAACGAAUUUUUAAAAUAUAUAAUAGUGUAAAAGAUCUACUCACGUGGCCCAAUUUAGUCAUUAGGUUUUUAUCGAUUAUUGAUAAAUGAUUAAUAAAGUAGCUCAGUACAUAAGAAGCCUAACUGUUAAUAUUCUUCUUAACUAUGCAGUAGUAAUCAAAUGUGUGUUAAAAAAUUAAAAUUAAACUUAAUAUUUAUGACUG